UUUGUGCAUUAAAGAUGAAUACAUUGGCGCUCAAAGUAUUUGCUGCCUUAGCAUUAAUUCUGCUAGUAGAGAGUGUCAGCGAGGACCAAAAGCGCUAUGACAAUUACAGCGUAUAUAAGAUUAGGCACCCAAAUCAGUUACAACGUCAAUUACUACAUAAGUUGACAAAGCAGCAUGAAAGUUUUAGUUUGUGGCAUGAAUCAAGAGAGGAAAUCCAUUUGAUGGUUAGCCCCCAAGCAUUGCCUGAGUUGGGCAAAUAUUUAAACAAAACAUAUGCAAGGUCAAAUAUGUUUAUAAGCAAUGUGCAAGAACUUAUAGAUAACGAGCAAGCGUUGAAUAUGAAAGCUAGAUUUGGCCCCACGGUUAAUUGGAAGCGCUAUAACACUUUAAGUGAAAUUGAAGCGUGGCUAGACGAUAUACUCAUUAGAUAUCCUGGUGUUACCGAAGGUUUUAUACUUGGAAAAUCGUUUGAAGGUCGUAAUAUACGUGGCCUUAAAAUCUCAUACAAAACGGGUAAUCCAGGUGUAUUCAUUGAAUCCAAUAUACAUGCAAAUGAAUGGAUUACCUCAGCCUCAGCUACUUGGAUGAUCAAUCAGCUGCUUAGCUCCGCGGACAAGCAGGUGCGUGAAAUGGCAGAGUCACAUGACUGGUAUAUAGUGCCUGUGCUGAAUGUGGACGGAUUUGUUUACUCUCAUGAAAAGGAUCGACUGUGGCGUAAAACUCGACAACCUUCGGCUAUUUCAAGUUGCAUAGGUGUCGAUCCCAAUCGCAAUUAUGACUCUUAUUGGAUGGUUAAUGGUGCGUCGAAUGAUCCUUGUGAAUGGACCUAUGCUGGGCCACACGCAUUAUCAGAGCCUGAAAUAAAAGCCAUGUCUGAUUUUGUCAGCAGCAUAAAGGAUAAGCUAAAUGUUAUGUUAGCCUUCCACUCGUAUAGUCAGUUGCUGCUGUCCCCAUUCGGACACACUGAUGAAGAGGUACCAGAGAACUACGAUGAUCUUAUGCAAGUAGCCAAGGCAUAUGCUGAUGCGGUGCAAGCCUUGCCCUAUGGUACUGUCUACCAGUAUGGCUCCUCAGCUGGAUUACUCUAUCCUGCAUCGGGUGCUACGCUUGAUUGGGCAUACAAUGAGCAAUAUAUACGGAUCAGUUACACCAUAGAAUUUCGUGAUACAGGAAAAUUUGGUUUUGUAAUACCUCCAGCUUAUAUAAUACCCAAUGCUGAGGAGAAUUUGAUAGGUAUUGUGGCAUUAUUAGCUGAGGCUAAAAAGCUCGGUUAUCUAAAAUUGAAAUAUUAGCUAAAAUUUGUUCGAAUUUUAU